AGACCGGACUAUAAACCCCAGAUCCCGGCACAACUCACGCAGAGCUCGGUCGAGCAUGCUUAUGCCCAGCUAUCAGCUCCUCCACCUGGUCUACCACCUCGGCGCCAGCCUCAGCGCCAGUAUGGUGUCGCCUCCUCUUCGACCAACCCGAACGGCAGCAGCAGCACUAGCGAGUACACCGACACUCCCCUGUCCGGCUCCACAGGCCCGCCACCUGGUGCUCCCUCAUUCCCAUUUCAGACCCCCACUGCCACAGCUUCAGCCGCACCGAAACCCCGAAGACCCGCCGAAGAAUCCGUCGUACUCAAAGCGGACGGCCGUACUCCCAUCUGGUCGACACACUUCCUCGACCCCUGCCUUCGGAACCCACUGAUCAAUAUCCCGCAACAAGUCGCCGAUAUGACCAACAAGGCCGUCUCCAAUCUCGCUGCCAAGGACGCGGCGACGGCUGCGCAGGUCGAUGGGAUGGCUAGAUUGGCAAAGGGGUGGUUUGUCCCCCCUGAUGGCAAGUUUGCGACGGAUAAGGGGGCGAUCGAGCUGGGGUUGGGAGUCAUUGAUUGUGGUGGACGGGAGGGGGAGGAGGGGUGGGGAAGAGAUAAAGGCCGGAGAAGGGCGAGGGUGGAGGUUUUUAGUAGAACUGGUGGGAUCAAGUUGGAUCUGAUCGAAUUGGAUGAGAACCGUCAAGUCGAUCUGAAGGUGGAUACCAAAGCGGGCGAUGUGAUGAUUCUACUACCCCAUAACUUCCUUGGCGGCAUCAAUAUCACCACCCCCGGCCCUGACCCUCACUUUUGCCGUUCCAUCUCAACAGCCAUUUCUCCCAUUUCCCACCCAUACGAAACCGUCUACAGCACGAGCAUCGCCCCCCUCUCCUCCAACGUCGUUCCGACCCCGGCUCCAAACGCAAUACCGGGGCGGAACCCGUCCAAGCAGCGCUGGAUCCCCGAGUUCCUGCGGCCCCAGGAUGACACGGCGGGAGGGCACGCAGGUGGUGAAGGGAGUAAGAUCACGAUUACGACCCAGGGGAGCAAGAGCCGGGUUGUGCUGGGAUAUCGGGAUUGCGCGGAUGAGGAGGAAGCGAAGGGGAUGGGGGUGAUGGUGGGGAUGCAAGGGCAGGAGAAGAAGAAGCGGUGGUGGCGAUAA